AUGGCUGACAAGGUUUUAGACGGAGGACCCUGGACAGGAUGCGCUGUUCUAUUUCUGCGCUCGCUUUGUCCAGACGCAAACCUGCUAUCCCUCUACAAAGAUGAGGAGGGAACGUUCAUCCUUUUCAAAGUCAUCAAACUGACUCUUAGAGAUUCUGCAGGAGGCCUGGCCGGUUAUGAAAUACUCAAAUUUCAUGAUGCUGAUCCCUACUUCGGAGUGGAGGUGAAGUUUGUGGAUCUCGUGGCGUGUCAGCAAUUCCUGGAGAGCUACAGCUCUGGAGCUGUGCGUCAGUCCAUCUCUCAACACGCCUGUCGGCUCCUCGCUCUGGCUCAAGAGUUCACCGUGGAGACCCAACUCAAAGCGGGAACACAUGUGUUGGAUCGAUGUCUGGACAGGCUGGAGCUUUGUCUGCAACAAAUUCAUCUCUCCAAGCCCGAGCGAUUGCGUGACGAAGGAAUCGAACGACUGGAGGCUCGGCUGAAGUUGGAAGUCCUUGGGCCGGAAGUCCCAAGUAACUGCUUCAGGUUUCAAAAUAAAGUAUUUGAGGACCGAAUGCUGACGGCAGCAGAUGUUCAGAACUUCGCUAAUGGAGUGGGCCGUCAGUGGAAGCACGUGGGUAGGACGCUGGGGAGGGAUUGCCGCGCUCUGAAUGAUACGGCCAUUGACAACCUGGCCUAUGAGUACGCCAGGGAAGGCCUGUACGAGCAAGCCUAUCAGCUCCUGAGCCGCUUCGUCCAGGCGGCGGGGAGGGCGGCCAAGCUGAGCCGGCUGGUCAAAGCGCUGGAGGACUGCAAACUCACCGGCCUGGCUGAAUCCAUUCUGGACAUACAGCCGCGAGACUGA